AUGACGGAUUACCAAAGCAGUGUACAACACCCAUUGCGUCCUGAUAAAGCUGAGGCCCUGGGCUACUGCAUCAAAUACAAUUGCCACGUCUCGACAAUCUACCGUUUAAUAGCGAAUAAAGAAAAUCUAUGCUCACAAUUUCUAAGGAAUAAACCUCCUACAACUAAAAGAGUUAGAAUGAGUUGUUACCCAAAGACAGAAGCAGCUUUAUUGGUUUGGUUUACACAAAUGCGAAGUAAAAAUUGCAGUCUAAAUGGGCCAGUGAUGUUAGAAAAAGCUAUGUUUUUUAGCCAAACAUUCAAUGAAGGCAUUCCUACUAGCAGCUGGUUGCAGAGAUUUAGGAAAAGACAGAAUAUAAAUUUUCAUAAUGUUUGCAAUGAAAAGGGGAGUGCAGAUAUUAUUAAUGCAAAUGAAUGGAGCAGAAAUACACUCCCAUCUCUGAUUAAAGAUUAUCAAAGGAGUAAUAUUUACAAUUGUGAUGAGACAGGACUAUACUACCGAGCAUUACCAAAGGGCACAAUGGAAUUUAGUGGAACUCAACCACUGGGCUUCAAACCAGACAAGGAAAAGGUCACAGUUCUAUUUAUCAUAAAUGGGGAUGGAUCUGAUAAAAAGUUAUAUGUUGUAGGGAAAUUUAAAAACCCUAGGUGCUUUAAAAAUAAAAAAUUACCAGUUAAAUACUACUCCAAUAAAAGCAGCUGGAUGACAACCUCAACUUUGAAGAUAUUCUUAAAGAAUGGGAUUCCUCAUUAA